AUGUCCCACUCAGGCAGCCUUCCCGGAUGGAAGGAGUUUGUGAGGGGCAGCUGCAAGGAGGUUGAGGUUGAGGUUGAGGGUAGCGUUUGCACAGGGAGCACUGGGGCUCUUAAAGGCAAUGACGCACGUCAAGCCUACGAAGAAAUCGUCCAGACUGCGUUUACGUCACGUCAGAGACGGUCAGACGCCAGGAGGAAAGUGGCAUCCACUGAAUGUGGAGAAUUGGAUUCAACCGCACCUCUUGCCCCCAAGUUACGACAUCAAAGCGCUUCCGCUUCAGUGUCCGUCAAACCUAAACCUCCAGUUUCUCUCAGCUCACUGAUGAGGUACGUGGAGUCCAGUGCCUAUGACAAAGUCGAAGACGCCAUCAAUUCAGAUGCCAGUCUAGUCAAUGCUGUUGACCAAUUUGGUUGGUCUCCGCUGAUGGUUGCGGCUUGUGCAGGAGCGAUUGAAAUUGUGGAACUAUUGCUCCUUUCAGGGGCCAAUGUGGGGGUUCGAGACAAAGGUGGGCAAUCAUGUAUCUCACUUGCUCGAAAGAAAGGCCACCUUAAUGUGAUACAGUUAAUAAGGAACUUUAGUCCUGAAAAACCUGCGUUGCAGCCAGAACCACUUAAAAAUGAAAAAGUUGCAAAUUCAGAAUUGAAUUUUGAAUUCUGUGAUGAUUGCAAUGUCAUAAUUGAAGAAUCUAGGAAAAAAAAGCACCUUACGUCUACAAUCCAUCAGUUGAGUCGUUGCUCUAAAGGUUGCAAGACGUUCUAUAGCAUUCCGGGAAAUAAUCGCGGUUAUCAGCUCAUGUUGAAAAAUGGCUGGGAUGGAGAGAAAGGCCUUGGCCCAUCUGGCAGCGGAAUGAAGCUUCCCCCAAAAACAGUUCUCAAGAGAGAUCGCAAAGGACUUGGGGCAUCGAAAGGACAGGCGCGUAUCACUCACUUUCAGUCCAAUGAUACAAAAGCUGUUGCUAGGAAUCCCUCACAAGGAGAGCAUUCAAGUAGUCAUCAAAAUAAAUCACAGCUGAAGCGACAAAUUCGUAAAGAAAAAUUGUUAGAAGCUGCUUUGCGAAGGGAAUUGAGCUGA